AUGCAGGAUCCACAGCUCUCAAAGUUUGCCCUGGUUGUUGCCAUAAAAGAGCAAACAGCCGUGUCCACCCCCUGGCAUUCCCCAGCCGAGACGAAUAGAGAGCGGGCCCUGCAGGCUGGGUCGUUGGAGCCCGGGACGAGGGAUUCGAGGGCGUUGCUUGGGCGCCGAAACGGCAUCGUGUCGUCUUGUCUAGAGACACACACGAGCAAAGCGCGUCUUGGCCGACACGAGUACGCGACAACAUCAAGACAAGGGCCUGGCGAGGGACGCGACGGCAUCCGGAGAAUUCAUGUCACUAGCAGCGCGUACCAUCUCGCCAUUGUCUUGACCUGCGCUGCUGUGGUUGGCCGUCGCCGGGUGGACCGGACUGGCGCAGCCAACCCCUCACUGCAAGCUUUGGAAGCCUUCGUUGCAGCCUUCUUUUCCUUCGAGGAAGACUUCUUCCAGUGUUCCAUGGCGGAUGAUGCUGAUGCCGAUGCUGAUGAUGUUGGGGAACUGGCGAUGAGCACGGCAUGCUCCAGUGGCCCAAUUGGCGCUGUGGCGCGUCCGUCUGUUGGGUUCAGGCGGGCUGCACUGUCCGAGUGCCUGCUCUGCUGUGCUGCCGCUUAUCUGCGACACCUUCUACCUGUGCCCCGUGCUUUGACCUCGACUGCCUCCACGACAUUGACUGAUCCAAUGUCGCAGGAUGGAGCAGCCAGCAGAGGGCACGCCGUGGUAGUAGUCCUAGCAGAUGUCAACUGGCAUGCCGCACGUGUGAUUCGUGCAAUGCAGGGAAUCUGCUGCGGUAUCUGCGACCAGGAAGUCGAGGACGGGGCACUGUAUGUGUCCGCAGCAGCAGAUGCAACUCCUCCCUCCCGCCUGGCACCUUAUAUCGAAGCUCUCCCUCCGGCCUCUGCCUCGUCCAGUCUCCCCUCCCACGGGCGUUGCCCUGAUUACAGCUUCACAGUGACCACUUUGCCGGCCGGCCAUGGCGUCGUCGAGCCGCAGGAUUCGCUGCCCUUGAACCCUUCCUGCCACUUAGAUACAAGCUACAGGAUACACGAGUCCUACCUUGCCUGUCCCGGAUUACGGCUGCCCUGA